UGAAUGACAAGCGUGUAUAAACAUCAUAAAUAUCAUAUUUAAGCCGCACCAGAAACCCCAGUCCAAACCUGCACCAGCCAGCCACGACCGACAGAAAAAGCAAAGCUCCGAAUAAAAGUGACUAAAUCUUACUUAGCGGUGUCCUGAUCGCAAAACAAUUAAUAAAAUAUUCAUGUCAUCCCACACCCGUCUCUUCUCCUCUUCUCACUCUCUUCUCACUCCACUGAAUCGAGCGCACAAAUGGACAACUCCGAUAAUCCCCGAUCUACCCCUGCAAUCCUCCUAAUAUUACUCCUCCUACGCCCUUACGCCACCGCGGUUCACUCACUGCGCCAUUCUCUCGCCUCAUACCCCAAUUUCUCCGACUUUUCCACCUUUUAUCCUCAACCGGGCUCCGUCGCCCGGCGAGCUGACCGACCGUCCUCCCUCAUCUGCCUCGCCGUCCCUCAACAAGUUCCCUCCUCCGAUCCGACCUCGCUCGCCGCUCCUCCGCCGUCGCCGACGUCAUCGCUACCACCGUCCUCCUCUGAUACCUCUCGUGGGCCGGAUCUCGACGAGAUCCCUUCACCGGCGGCAGGCUCGUCGCCACCUCUCUACGCAGACCACGGGCCGCGCCUCCGGCGAUCUCGGCGCCUGAAUCUCACGCGAGAGUCCCGGCGAUCUGUUGGUCCGUACGGCUCCGAUUUCGCGGGCCGUCGGAUGGCGGAGGCCCCGCCGUUAGGGCUGAGCAUCAGCCGGUUUCUCGUCAACGGCAAGAAGUUCAACGUCGCCGCGUCGAUGCUGGAGGCCUCGGCGUUCGUCGAGAGUUCGAGGAGGACUGAGGCAAGGCGCGGGAUCACGGUGUUGCGUGCCCGACGACGAGGCGUUCGCGCGGAUCUGCCGGCGACGCAGGCCGCUGCAGUCGUGCCCGGCGAACUUGAAGUCAAGCCGUGCUCUUUAUCACGUGCUGGCACCGUCUACGCCUCUGGUGGGUGCUGGAAUCGACUUCGGAACACGCUGCAGCCGACAUGGCGACUGAAGACGAAGGGCGGGCAAAUUCACGCUGAACAUAUCACGAGAGUGAACGGAUCGUGGAAGAUCGAUACGGGGUCUGUUCACUCUAUCACGCAGACGGUGUUCGAUCAGAAUCCGGUGGGCGUUUUUGGGAUUUCUAGGGUUUUGCUGCCGCGGGAGAUCUUUGGCGGAGGAGGCGGCGCGGCGGCGCCGCCGCUGGGGGCGGCCGAGAUCGGCGCCUGA